AUGCUCGGAUAUGUUGGUAUGGUAAUAUUCCACGUCUACGAGACCAGCUCGUGGUGUUCAGAGCCCAUAAUGCCACCCCAUAUUUUCGGCAACCGGACCUCCUUCGCCGCUGUAAUUUCGUCCUUCAUCCACAACAUGCUCACUUUUUGGGUGGUCUAUUUUAUUCCUAUGUACUUCCAGUGCGUGAAGCUUUCUACCUCGACCCGCGCUGGACUCGGAGGUGUUGUCUUCACUGAAUAG